GGUAUUUUGCAAGAAUGGCAUCUAAAAACUAUCAACCAGUGAAGAGAGAUAGUCACUCCACAGUAAAGGUAGGAGACUACCUAUAUAUGUGGGGUGGGUACGGGUCUGGAGUAGACUAUGAUGUGAUGGAGGUGUAUCACUUACCAACUGGUGCUUGGGACCAGAAACCUACUACUGGUACCCCACCACAAGGUUCCUGUGGCUAUUCAACCGUAGCAAUAGGAAAGGACAUAUAUUAUUUUGGUGGAUCUGGUAGUAGUUAUCAAAACAGCUUACAUUGUUUCAAUGUGGAUUCAUUGAAGUGGAGGGAACUCUCUCCUUCUAGUUCUGAUCGUGAUCCAAUGAUGAAGACCUACUGUGGAAUAGUAUCAGCUAAUUUUGACGGUGACAACUAUCUUGUAAUAAUUGGAGGAACCAGGGGAUACUCUUCUAUAAAUACUGGUCCAAUGCAACCUGAUGCUCAGUAUUCAGCUGAUGGUAGAUGUAAUGAGAUACAUUAUUACAGGAUUUCAUCAGGUCAGUAAUUCUCAUCAUUGAUACACAAUAGUU